CAAAACCCCAGUUUUGAAUCCCCAACGUUCCAUCGUCUAGGGUUUUUGAAUCCUCUUCGUCUUCUUCAUCGAUCGAAUGGUGUAAAAUGAGCUCAACCACCCAUAAAACACCCAAUUCAACUAACAAACAAUCAUUAUUCUUCAACGACAUAUCCACCCCCCUCACUAACCGUCGUACCACAACCCCCGCCCAACCCACUCCCCUAUGGCGCCAAAACUUUGCCACCUCAGACCUCCCACCACCCCCUAUCUUCACUCUCCAAGACCGCUCCGAUUUCUCACCGGAUUCCGCCUUCCAAGACUUCCGGGUCGGGUCACCCGUACAUAAUUAUUCAAACCCUAGUCCUGUUGUCACUUCUGCAGCUUGGAAGAAUGAGGGUGAUGAUAAAGAAAAGACUCUGGGUUCGGGUCCAGGUUUGGGCUCGGGUUUAGGUUCGGGUCCGGGUUUGGGCUCGGGUUUAGGUUCGGGUCUGGGUUUGGGCUCGGGUUUAGGUUCGGGUCCGGGUUUGGGUUCAGAUUCGGGUUUGGGCUCGGGCUUAGGUUCGGGGUCGGGUGUGGGGUCUCCAGUGGAUGGUGUUGUUCAGCGGCGGCAGCCGGGGGUGUUGCUGACAUUGCCGGCGCCUAGGGAGGUUGUGAGACUGGAGGUUGAGGGGAAUGCGGUGGCGGCGGUGGGUUCGGUUGAUGAAGAAGAAGAAUGGGUCACUGUUUAUGGGUUUUCACCCGCGGAUACAAGUUUAGUUCUUCGGGAGUUUGAAAAAUGUGGUGUGAUUCUUAAGCAUGUCCCCGGUCCAAGAGAGUCUAACUGGAUGCACGUUCUUUAUCAGAGUCGUUUUGAUGCUCAAAAAGCUCUUAGCAAGAACGGCAUGCAACUAAAUGGAGCCCUAAUAAUUGGAGUGAAACCCGUGGAUCCAAUGCAACGCCAAUCACUUAGUGAUAGACUGCAUAAUCAAGGAUUCAUGCCAAUACCACCGCCCACCACCACCCGAAAAACAGACCCAAUUUCUUUCAAUGCAUCUACUCAGGUUCACAGUCAAAAUGGCGCCCCGAAUGCUGGCGGAACCAUAGCAAUCCCUGCAAAAUCAAUGGUCUCCAAAGUUGUGGAUUUGAUGUUUGGUUCAUAGACAUCUUUAAGUUUGCAUUGGUUUUUUGGGUAUUUUUUGAGUAACAUGCUGUGAGAACCAUUAAAAAAUUAAUGUAUGAAAUCAGCAAUUGUAAUGUUGUCCAAAUUUAUCUGAGAUUUGUAUGAUGCAUCAUAUGGUGAAA